AUGUCUAGAAGAUACGAUAGUAGAACCACUAUCUUUUCACCUGAAGGAAGAUUGUAUCAGGUUGAAUAUGCUCAAGAAGCCAUUGGAAUGGCUGGUACUGCCAUUGGUGUUUUAUCACCUCUGGAGGGUGUUGUUCUUGCUUGUGAGAAACGAGUGACGUCAAAGUUAUUGGAUAACGAUGGAUCAACUGAAAAGUGUUAUGUGAUCAAUGAUAAAUUGGUAUGUGCUGUUGCAGGAAUGACAGCUGAUGCUUCAAUCUUAAUUAAUACUGCCAGAGUUCACUCGCAACAUUACUUGAAGGAAUAUGAUGAAGAUAUUCCAAUUGAAACAUUGAUUAAACGAGUAUGUGAUAUUAAACAAGGGUAUACACAACAUGGUGGAUUACGGCCGUUCGGGGUUAGUUUCUUGUAUGCGGGAUAUGAUGAUAGGUAUAAUUUUCAACUUUUCACAUCAAAUCCUUCUGGUAAUUAUAGUGGAUGGAAAGCUACAUCUAUUGGAGCCAAUCUGUCAGCAUCACAAACCUUGUUGAAAAAGGAUUAUAAGGAUGAUAUUUCUUUAGGUGAUGCCUGUAAGUUAGCCAUCAAGGUAUUAUCAAAGACUAUGGAUACUUCCAAUGUCACUAAGGAUAAGUUGGAGUUUGCUACAUUAUCAAAACUGAAAUCGGGUAAGGUUAUGUACAAGAUCUGGUCUGAAGAUGAAAUUGACGAAUUGAUCAAGGUUUCUGGUGUUUUAGAUGAUGCCGAUCUUGGUGACGAUGAGUAG